GGUAGGCAAAUGUAAUUUCGACUGAGUUAUCGCCAAAAAACCGAACAAAAUUAACCAUAACUGGAGCGAAGACAAUAUGUCUGGAAUCACCGUUAAGGACGUCGAUCAAGACAAGGUGGUCGAGGGCGUUGCCCUUUUCCUGAAGAAAUCAGGAAAGCUGAAGGUUCCGGAGUACAUUGAUCUGAUCAAGACCGCUAAGUACAAGGAACUCGCACCAUCGGAUCCGGAUUGGUUCUACGUUCGUUGCGCCUCUAUCCUGCGUCGUCUGUACCACCAGAGUCCGGCUGGUGUUGGCGCUAUUUGCCGCAUCUACGGUGGACGCCAGCGUCACGGUGUUCGUCCAUCGCAUUUCUGCUGCUCUGAUGGUAGUACGACCCGUAAGGCGGUUCAAGCACUGGAAGCCAUCAAACUGAUUGAGAAGCAUGCCGACGGUGGCCGCAGGCUGACUAGCGCUGGACAGCGCGAUCUGGAUCGUAUUGCAGCGCAGAUUGUGAGCAAGAAGCGUGCCGCGCUGAAGAAGGAAGCUGCCGUGCUUGCAUUGGAAUAAGUGUUUGUGUAUUGACAUUCCAGUAAUACACAAUCGUGGCGGUAAUGUGGGCCGAAAAAUAAGUUUUAUUGCGGAUUAAGCAGUAAUUAAACAUCUAGCUGAUGCCGCUAAGUGUAUAAAAACGUGUUGUGCAAUGUAAUUUAGUGGGAAAUUUGAGAAAAUAUGUUUUACUUCUUAAUGAAAUAAGUGUUCUACGUGCAGUUUGUGGACAAGUGAUACGUUAACCAAGCCUGACGGUGUUAAUGCACAACCGCGGAUUGUACAUAGUAGCUAAUCAUUGGAUUUUAAUUAAAGUUUGCCAAAAUCUACGUUAAAGGAGGUAGCUCUGCUUACCGGUUUUCAAACCUUCACCCACUAUUUACGAAACUUCAGAGAUGAUACAUUUAAUCAACCACAACUUUUGUGGUGCUUCGUACAAUUCACGCUAAGUCUUGUCCAAACAAUUGUUAUUUAUUGCAAACUUGUUUACAAAUUGUGCAAUCGAACUCGUUUGAAGAAUGUUGCUUUUUCGUUGCGCUUUGAAUGCGCUUGUUUUGCUUGGAUUUAUCAUCUGCGUGAGCCUAGUUGUUUCAUAUUGUAAUUA